AAAAAAUGCAAUUUUAGUGUACAUGGACUGACGUUCAGACGAUGUCAGGAAGAAGCUUCUGUUGGCCAAGAACAUCAUGAGCGAUAAGAUCAAAAUGUUUCAUCAUUUGGACAAUGCCCAACAGCUGGCUUCUAUCCCAACAUCUGACAAGGACACAAUGUCGACAAGCGCAGCAAAGUGGCCACCGCGAUGCUGCCUCUUCCAGCAACGAUGCUUCUUCCAUCAACUAGUCUUGUCGAUCGUACUUGGUAUUCUUGUCGCAGCUGCCCUUCCAGUCCUCGCCUCCAGAAGGGGAGAGGACGAAAGAAUAACCGGUGUAGUUCUCAGUGCCGAGAGGCAUGUACUGGAAACGCGGACUCUCGAAAAUGUGAGCGAUCGGAUCAAAGCGACCAUAGUCCUACGCACAUUGGUUACAGGUAUGGAUUGUAUAAUAGAGACAAAUCUUAGGUGCGGGAAUUCUGAAGUGUGUCGGGUCGAAAGUCAAUGUCACCAUCUUCAGAGAUGUUGGUAUCAACGCAAGUAGGUGUAGUGCAAAUCGGUAAAGUAAUAGUUUUGUCACUCCAGCUUGCAGAUGCAUUGUGUAUUCAUGAUGGAAUGGCGGCGAAAAUGCGCGAAGAGGCGGUAGAGGACACGGCCACAACCGUAAGGCACUUUCAUAGUACACUAUCUUGUCGCUCAUAUGGAGGUAGCUUUUAAAGGCUUCUCUUUGUUCUUCAGUAUCUCGGUUAGUUGAUGGAAGAAGAACUGAAAUAGCCGAGUAAAGUGAUCUAAGAGAGCUACUACCUUAGCAUUAUUCUUGAACUUACUUGCUUAGUUUCCGUUUAUCGAAUAGCUCUAAGUUACAACCCAGUAGCGCCAGCCUCAUUGACCGAAAAGGGCGUGGAGGGGGUCAACAACAGGUCUUUGCAUGAGUCUGCUUCAGCCGAGUUGCAGAGAAGCAAAGACCUGCAACAAGAAGCAAAUCCCCAGGGGCCUCCGACAGUGAUAACUAGCACCAAGCUAGACGAAUGCAUGGCGCGGGCGCUUUUUUACUACAAGAACGGAUUGGAAUUUAUCGUGGCACCUGGAAGCUUUCUGCGCGAAUACCACACAGCAUUGCCUGUUAUUAGGAUUACUGAUCUUAGAAAGUCCUAGGUUCAUCUUAAUUUAAGAGGCUGAUGUCGUGCUCGUGGUAGGUCUAGGUGGUGAAGUAGGCUAGCAGAGUCAGGUAUAUGUAGAAGCUCGUUGUCGAGGACAUUGUAGGCAGACAAAUUAAUUGGACGAGAAGCAAUCGUUUUUUCCUUCAUUCUCCCAGAAUUUUUUUUGCCCAUGCAUCUAUUACAAAAGUAGAAUUUCUUUUACCUCAUUGUUCAAUUUUGUUUGCUGGUGCAAUGAAUAUCGUAGAAGAAGUAGAAUCCUUUUCUUGCCUUGAUUCUCCCAGUAUUUUUUGCCAGUGCAAUAUCGUAGAAGUAGAAUUUCUUUUCCUUUUCUUGCCUUCAUUCUCGCAGUAUUUUUUGCCGGUGGAGUAGAAGCACCAACGGCUUUAGCGGUGUUGGACAUCGUGAGCCAGGACAAAGUGGAGGACUACAUUAAAAAAGGCUUGCUCACCACGUCCUACAGCAACUUUCUUUUGGUUAUGGAAAAGGGGUCAUCAUGAAGAAUACUCAAUAAACGCUAGCACUGACCAACGCUGGGAUUCUCCUUUCCCUCUCUAACGUUCGAACCCAGGAAUUUCAAGAAAGUUUUGAAUUUUUGUCUUCAGACGUCAUGGCACGGCAAGUCUCUAGGCAAGAACAGGCAGCGCUCAUAUAUGCGGCACCAACACCUGUUUUAAGGCUUACCCUAAUCCAUCUUCUGACGCAUCUUAGACCUGUCCCAUAAGGGUAAAAUAGGUCUAAGAUGAAUCUCGCGGUGGAUUAAGGUGGGCUCUAACUACUUCGGGCCUCCUCUCAUCGAUUCCGUCGUUAAGAGACAACCCACCGUGCAUCCUCAGCAUCACCCUUGACUUUCUUUUCAAGAAGAAAAAGAAGUGUCCAACGAUAUGCCCCUCAAGGAAGAUGCGACGGGGCAGCUCUAACGUUGCAGGUCUUAGCGACACCUACUUCAGGGGUGUCAUCUCUGAAGGAGGAGGAACGUGGACAAGAUGCUGGAGUACUAGAAGUGGUAGAGCCAGUUGUAAAAGAGAAACGGUCUACUUCUGGAGUACUAGGAGAGUUAGAACCACUUGUAAAAAAGAAGCAGUCAUCUACUUCUGAAUCUGAUCCUCUAUCCGAACGAACUUCUCCACCUCAUAUUGCUAGUAGUACCACAAAGUCAUCGCACAUGAGUGCCUCGGCUUCGGCCUCUUCUAAGAAAUCUUCGACAUCUUCUUCUUCUGGCUCCAGAUCCCAUUCUAGCAGUACAGCCACCACUUGCGACUGGGAAAAAGUGAAAAAACUAGAUCUCACUUCCUCUGCAAAAGUGGGCGGUUUUGGUAUUGAACUCGAGGGCUCCACUGUCGCGUUUGUGGUCGCUGCUGUGCUGUGCCUGACGCACCUGAUGUUGUACGUCUAUCUUUUACGUGUGCUCGCAGCCAAGCAGGAAGGACGGAUUAUUUUUUAUGCCAGAGGAAUAUUUUUGUUUGCUUGUAUAAGUGCUGAUGCUCUUACAAAAAAAUACCUAUGUAUCGAAAUCUUUCGCGAAGUUCUCUAUUGUUCGAUCUCACUCGAAGAUUAUCAAAGUUGCCUACUUUUUCUCCAUUAUAACCUUAGAAUAUCAAUACAAGCUAGUUUUUUGGUAGAUAAAAAUGAAUACAACAAAAGCAAGCCUAAACACCUUUUCCGGACAUCUUGGAUGCUCCUCUCUCUAAUUCCUGCGUACGCGAAGCGGCCGCAUCUUAGGAGAAGCUUUGGACCAAAAACAGACCCGGCAGUUGCUCGAGAUGCUAGAAAGCGAUCUCCUCGCAGCACAGAAAAGGGCAAAGAAGGCGGAACAGAAACGUUUGGAUCUGCAAGAAAAUGAGAAAGAGCAGGAAAAGGUUUUGGAUUUACUACUUAUUUAAUGGGGGAUGAAGGGAAGGUGUUGGAUCUGUUGUUUAAUGGGGGAUGAAGGGGCAGGGAAUGACUGAAUUACGACUAUUCAACCAAAGGAGAGGACCACUGAACCUGAGGAGCAAUGUUAGAAGAUCGCUCUUGUACUUCCUGCUGUUACGUAUGUUAGCGAU